AUGAUAGAUAAGAUUAGAAUGAGGAUUAAGAUAGCUCAAGAUCGCCAAAAGAGCUAUGCAAAUAAGAGAAGAAAAGAACUGGAAUUUGAGGUGAGAGAAAAAGUAUUUCUCAAAGUUGCCCCAACAAAAGGGAUACUCCAAUUUGGAAAGAAAGGGAAGCUAAAACCAAGAUUUAUCGGCCCAUUUGAGGUUCUCGAGAAGGUUGGAAAUGUAGCAAAUCAUUUGGCAAUGCCACUUGAACUAUCGGCAAUGCAUGAUGUAUUUCAUAUUUUUAUGUUGAGAAAGUACAUCUACAAUCCAAGUCAUGUGGUCAAUGAUCAGUCAUUGGACGUACAGAGUGAUAUGACUUAG